AUGGCUCUUCUACCAUUCAUCAAACAUGCUCAGGCCUCGGUCGCAGAGUCACCCGUUAUCUAUAGCGUGGCCUUACUCGCGACCUUGAUAGGAAUAUUCCGAUACAUCGUCCUGCGCCAAUCACGAAAGCUGAAUUUUCCCGUAGUCGGCAAAGCAAUUGACUCAGAAUUGAAGAAUGAUCUCAUCGAGGGAGCAAAACUGUAUCCUGAUGAGCCAUUCAUUAUUCCAACUCAACCACCAAUGGUCGUCCUACCCGAAAAGACUUUGGAUGAGAUCAGAUACAUGACCGAAGAUAAAGUCUCGUUCCUGGAAUUAAUUCGAAGGGAGUUUCUCCAUAGGCAUACUACCAUUGGCGACAGUAGACCUGAAGUGAUCCAAGCAGUAAAGAAUGAACUUACCAGAAACAUCUCUAGCGUACUUGACUGUCUACAAGAUGAGGUCAGAUAUUCUCUAGACAAAGAGAUUGGAGACUGCCCAGACUGGAAGCCAAUAUAUCUUUACAAAGCCAUGGCAAAUGUGGUAGCUUUGAUGAGUGGACGAACCUUCGUCGGCCUACCAUUAAGCAGAGAACAGGAAUGGUUGGACGUUUCCAUCAAUUUCACCAUUGAUGCAGUCGCGGCCGCUCGAGCAGCUCGAAAUUGGCAUCCUCUAAUGCGACCAUUUGUGGCACCUUUCCUCAAAGAGAUACGCAGAAUCAAGGCAUAUAAGACCCGAGGUGCGGAGCUUUUAGCGCCAUAUAUGGAGCAAAAGGUCUUGGAUCAGAUCAUGGAUGAACCAAAGAAGUCCGUGGAUGAGGAACAAUCUGCUUUCACUGGAUGGGUGCUUAAGUAUACGAAGGAUUCCGAGAAGCGAGACCCGGCAGUUUUGGCGUUGAAUCAGAUCGUUCUAUCUUUUGCUGCAAUCCACACCAGUGGCAUGGCUGUAACCCACUGCCUCUACGACUUAGCAGCUCGCCCCGAAUACAUCCAACCCCUUCGCGAAGAGAUCGAAAAAGUAAUCGCCGAAGACGGUUACGAAGACGACGGCGACGGAAUCAAGAAACUCAAGAAAUCCAGCCUUCCCCGUCUCCGAAAACUAGAUUCUUUCAUGAAAGAAUCUCAGCGCCAUGCACCCGCCGGUCUCUUCGGCAACACUCGCGUGGUAGUCAAACCCCUCCACCUCUCAACCGGCCACACUAUCCCCCCCGGCACAAAAAUAGCCUACAACCUCUGGGCGACCCAAAUGAGUACCUCCUCCCUCUCCAUGUCUCCAACCUAUAACCCACCCAACUACCACGCGCCCGCCGAGUUCGACGGAUUUCGCUUCUCGAAUUUGCGCGCCAUGGAAGGCAAGGAGAAUAAACAUCAGUUCGUUUCCACGGCGCCGGAUUCGCUGUCGUUUGGGCACGGCAAUCACGCGUGUCCAGGCCGGUUUUUUGCGAGCAAUGAGAUCAAGGUGAUUUUGAUUGAGGUGUUGAGAACGUAUGAUUUGAGACUGAAGGGGGAUGUGGAGGGGACGGGGGGCGUCGAGAAGAGACCGGAGGAUCUGGUCAAUGCCGGGAGUAUUAUGCCGAACCCAUUUGCGGAGAUCGAGUUUAAGAGUCGGAAGAAGGAUGUGAUUUGA